CCCAAAUGCGGGGAACAGAGGACGACACCGAAGCAGAUGGCACACCUAGGGCACCCCUAGGGCACCGUGAACUAUUAUCCUUGGCCAGAGUUUCUUCAAAGCACCACAUUCGAUCGCGGACGAAACACCUCUCUCCCACGGACCAGCAUGGUCUCUCCAGCCGGCGGGAAGCAGCGGCUGCGAGCCUUCAAGGCUUGCCAGAGAUGCAGCGCGCGCAAGGUUAAAUGUGAUGCCGCCGAGCUUGGCUGUCCUUGUAGCCGAUGCUGCUUGGACAAUGUCGCCGAGUGUACACUGGUUACCUCCCGCCGAGGCACUUAUGAUCGAAGAACUUUCCGACGGCAGGUGGCGAAGCCUGGUGCAUCUUUACGAUCAUCGCCACCACCAUCAGCGUUACAGCCCUUAUCUCAUAGUCCGUCAACUGCUCAGGUUAGCCCCCAGUCGCGUUUAGAUGCAUCCAGCGGCCGCGGUAGAGUUGAGGCUGCUACCUUACCCCAGUUCGUCGCAAGGGAGACAACGACGAUCUCCACUCCUACGAGAUAUCCACAGGAAAUAGUUUCGAAUUUAGAUCAACCAGCCAGUGACCCUCAUGCCGUGGAUCUAAAUCGCUCACCUUACAGUUUACCCUCUACCUCCUUGGCUGAUUCCUUAGGCAACCAGUCACUGGCGACCAUGUUCGAAGAUUUCCUCGACCAGGCGGGCCACGAAAACUUGUGCAAGGCGAAGCUAGUUCUGUUCGGGGAGCCUUCGCCCUUGACUUUUGCCCUACAGCUACGGAGGGACAUGAACUCGGGCCUCCACGAUGCCAACCAACGUCACUUGACUAGUGAUUCGCUGGCCGUCGUUGAAGAAGAUGUCCAUCCGAAGCACCUACGCCCGCAUGACAUUGAGUGUCUGAAGGCGAAGGGGGCGUUCGUUUACCCAGAAACGGAAUCUUUGGAGGAGAUAAUUAACGUCUUCUUGGAUCGAUUCUAUCCCCUAUACUCCGUCGUGAAUCCGACGGAGUUACGCAAGGCGCAGCAGGAUAAAAGGCUACCAUGGAUCUUGCUCCAUUCCAUUUGUUUUAUUGCGAUGACUUUCUGCGAGUCUGCCACAAUCUACAAGGCUGGGUUUAAUUCUCGCGCACAAGCACGUCAGCUCUACUAUGAUCGAGCCAAGGCUCUUUUUGAUUUUAAUUACGAGAAUAGUAAAAUAAUCCUAGUCAAGGUGGCAAUCCUGCUCAGUUUUAAGGGCCCGCAGAUGGAUUUGUACUGGAACCCAUGCUCGUGGAUCGAGAUUGGGGUGACGAUGGCCGUGGCCCUUGGAAUGCACCGCAAAUCUGUUGCAGUUGAUGGGGAAUCAAAUGAUCGGGGCCUGCUCAGGCGGUUAUGGUGGACGUUAGCCGUCCGCGAUGCCCACUGUUCCGCGCUGUUGGGACGACCAUUCCGUAUCAAUAUGGCCCAGUGCGACGUUGAAGCGUUAACGGAGGCUGACUUCCCCGACGAGCACGCGUGUCAAUCCGCGACGGUACCCUUAAGCUGCAGCUGCCGCGAGUCGUUCGAGUACCAGAUUCAGGCUACGAAGUUAUCACUUAUCCUCCGAAAUAUCAUGUACUUCCGGUUUGGGCCGACCAGUGUAAGUUCUACAACUGAUCUAAUCCACGAGCAACUCGCCGCCUGGAAAGCAAAGCUCCCAGCCGCUAUGCAAUACCUGCCAGGCAAAUCCUCUGUGUCGACAUUGGCCGUGCAACUCGAUGUCCUGCUCAAUUAUCACAUUAUGCUCCUCCAUAUGGACCAACCCCGACAAUCGAGACCUAAUCCGUCGUCGCUCUCGACCUCGCUGCCCGGAGGCUACGAUUGCACUGCCAUUACAGAGUCAUCGGCCCUAGCGGUCUCUUCUAGCGCAUUCAAACUCACGACGCGGACUUCUAUCUGCAACAUCCCCCACGAAGUGUUCCCUGGGUUUUUCAUGGCAGGAAUCAUUCUCUACCAAAAGGCACAACAGGCGCAGAACAGUCAUCUAGCGAAAAUGAUCCAAGCCAGCUUCGACAACUGCCAAAUGCUAUUGAUUCAAGCGCAGAAUACCUGGGACCCGGGGGUCUGGGCAAUGAAGGCUUUUGAAUUUAUUCUGUUUCCUACAGACGCAUCUGAUGCUGCAGAAGCUCAGGUGCCGUCAGGGAGCAGUCAUCGCUACCGAAUGAGUACGCCGUCCUUGGGCGUUAAUAACGCUUCCUCGACCCAACCCCAGGCUUCAGGAUAUUCAAAUAUCGAAAAUUACGCUUGGUCGGAGACUGACGCCAUGGGUUUUGAUGGGAACGUGCCGGUGGACUUGGCAGACUAUAUGCUUCUGCCCAAUUUUUUCGGCCCACCAUUCGACACCUAGACCGAACUUGUGGUUCUCUAUAUCUUGUCGGCUUAUAGUUAACUAUAGUGUGAUUGUAUUUCAAGUAAUUGGCACAUAACAACAAUAAACUGGUGAUUUGAUUCUGAUAUUUAAGAUUCCGGGGUGGAGGAUCAUUAGGUGGAGGAUCGUUCGGUUUCUCGUAGUUCGAGAGCUUUUUCUAGGCGCCAUGUAUUUCCUCUGUGUCACGUGCAUGGAAAAGGCAAAUCACAUGGUGAUAGAGAAGAUAAAAUAAAUUUGAGGCGAAGCCAACUAUCAACUA